AUGUCGGAGACCAAACGGAAAGGCAGUGGUACUGAAGAGCUCCCUGGCGGGACGUUAGCUAUAUGGUCCGGAGUCCCGGAAAGCGAGAACGCCUGUCAGGGAGUGGGAGUGCUGUUGUCAUCCCGGUUGGUCGAUCUUAUGACUGAAUACAAGUUUGUGAACUCAAGACUUCUCUGGGUUCGCUUCAAAAUGGGACUGACGAAGUUAUUCCUUUUGGCUGUUUGUGCGCCGGUAGCUUCGUCGUCCAGGGCUGAGCUGGAGGAGUUUUGGGAGAAUGUAAGAGAAGUUCUAGAUUUGGUUAAGGGAAACGAAAGAACUGUUGUAUGUGGUGAUUUGAAUGGAUGGGUAGGUGUCACUCGACCAGGAUACGAGUCGGUGCUUGGAAAGUUUGGCGAUAAAAGGGUUAAUGAUGCUGGCAAGCUUAUACUGGCUUUAUGCAAGGAAAAGGGUCUUCUUAUGACAAACACUAUGUUUAAUCACAGGAAAAUCCAUAUGUACACUAGAGAAAGAAAGAAUGAGAGAAGUAUGAUUGAUUUGUUCCUGGUGGAUGACCGACUGCGAAAACAGGUGAUGGAUACACGAGUGUUCAGGGGUGCUGACCUGGGAACGGAUCACUAUCUAGUAAUUACUAGAUUUAGGGGUUUGUUCGCGGGUUGGCGCUACCGGACGGCAGUAACAGAACCACAGUCGGUCUGUCGCAUCCGAAGCUGGAAGCUUCAGGAAGCGGAUACUAGGGAUAAAUAUCACACGAGGGUAGCCGAAAAGCUUGACACCAUCGAUGGCAGGAAAGAAUGUGUGGAGAGAACAUGGCAGAACCUUAGGGAUGGAAUGGUAAGUGCAGCGGAAGAAGUAUGUGGUACGACAAAAAGAGGUAGUAGUAAGAGAAGAGAUGCAAGGUGGAAUGAUGAUAUUAAGAGAAGCUGUAAAAAAAGAAGAAAAAAACAUGGUUAG